AUGGUAUCGACGAACGGAGUUCAACAUCGAGUCAACAAAGCAGAAAGAACUGCAAGGGCCGAUACCAACGGAAAUAAUGCAGAAGGCCUGGGAAAACGUUCUUUCGCUCCGGAAUCGGCUCGUAAGCCACGCAAGAAACGGAAAACGUAUAGUUGCGAUGUCUGCCGGAAAUUCAAGACCCGAUGCGAUUUCGAACCGCUGAUAGGGCGCUGCCAUCGAUGCAACGUGUUGAAUCUGGACUGCUCACUUACCGAUGAGCGGCAAGGUGAGAUCCUGGCUACUGUAGAGGAAUCAUCGGAAGCGCCCUUUUCAACUUCCAUUUCUGAUUCGCACGUCAAAGAAACUGCUUUGAAAUCUUUGUCCAAUCCGCAACCCUUCAUGACUACUUUCAACAACAGGCUUAAUAGGCUGGAGGCUAAUCUGAGUAAUUUAAAUAGCAAGCUGGACUUGCUAGUAAUGUUGGCACAAGGCUCAGAUUCCGCUGUCAAGAACGACUUGAAUCGUAAAAAUAUAACCGUCGAUGCUCGAAAAUUGAACUCCCACAAUGGAAAAGUGCCACUUAGUAAGGAUACAAUUCAUCAUGUAAAAGGAGGUGAUCGGGAUGAUUCAAACGAUGAUGCGCUCUCUACUCCUGGUAGCAAGGACGAUGGUCAUUCAUUUUUCACUGACCUCCACAAGGUAGAUCUAAACGGUCUCAAAUUGCAAGAACCACCCUUGAAACUUAUUAGCGAUAUUGACGAGCGACUUUUUCCCACCAAAGUGCAAUCAAAGAAGGACAAGGUUGCCAAGACACAAAGACCUUUUGUUGUUGCAAGAACUAAUUUCAUCAAAUUCUUCAAUGAGCAUGAGAAGAUGUGCCUAUUUUUAUCCCGCGACUUUCUUGAAAAAUCCCAUUUCUGGAUUAUCCCAGGUGGUGUCAAGGAAAUAGACCGAGUUUAUGUCGAGAAGCAUAUAUUCAUAUCCAGCGUCUUUGCAAUUAUCGCUAUGGGUUUUGAAGAAAACGGAAAAUACGAGGAAGAACAGGAAGUAAUGUAUCCUUUAGUUGAGCGUCUCCUCACCAAUACUCUUACGAUGUUCGAAAGACUAACAGACCACGACAUUGAGGCCAUUCUUUACUGUAGCAUGUUCAAUGUGUCGCGGAAGGCCAAAAGGCAUCGUCAAAUGAAGUUCAAUUCUCUGGUCUUAACUAACUUUGCAAUAAGCAGCCUUCUAAACAUUAUCGAUUUCCACAAAAUAAAGGAAAGGGUGAUUGACGGUGAAGAAUAUAAUGCGUUGGACAUGUAUCAUCUGAGGAUUUUGAAUUCUUUGACGGCUUGUCGACUGCAGUACUCUAUUGGUUUCGGAAGUUUUCUGGUGCCCGACGAAGUUCUGGAUGACUUUAAUAACCUUACAGCUCGAUUUCCACAGGCAAACUUCGGAGAUGAUAUUAAAAUAAGUGAGAUCAAUUUGAGUGAGAUUGUUAACAACAUAUUUCUCAACUUCAAAUCUUACUUCAGAAACUUUGCUGAUGAUUAUGUAGCGCGGCAAGAAAAAAUCACAGCAGAGAAAGGUACCCUGACAGAUUCGGAUGCCCCCUUGACGUUCCCUGAGUUGGAAUACUGGCUAAAAAAUUGGGAUGAGCUACUAUCAAAGGACGGAGGAGGGGUCCUCUUGUUUGCUUACAAUUACUAUUACAUCAUGAUCUGUCGAUCAUUUGUGACCGAAUUCUAUGAAGAAUAUGGGAACGAACUACAUUUGUUUGAAUCGAUUUUGAAGACCAUGAAAACCUACUGUUUUACGCUUUUGGAUGGAUUCUUGAAGUUACCAUCUUCGCUCAUCAAAGGAGCGCCUGUCAUCACGGUAUAUCAACUUGUGUAUGCCUGCUUGACAUUGUGCGAUUUCAUACACUUUUUCGAUGCCUCUGAAAGGGAACAGAUCCUGAGUCUCUGCACCAAGAUUUACUGGCAUUUACACACAAUUGGCGAGAAGCUCAAUGAAGCUACAGAAAAUGUUGGCAAGAUCAUAAAGUCCUUAAUUGAAACGGGAAAGAAAAAGGUGCAUGAUGGAGGCGAUGCUCUGGCUUAUUCAUCCCAGGGUGCCCCACAAGAAUUUCGUUCAUUUGUUAUGCCAGGUGUACUUCAUAAUCCGGAGUCGCCGCAAAGCGUUUUGUCUCCGGGAUCUCAUGCGAGCGGAGCAGAAAGUGCUGCCGCAGGCAGCUUUAAUAUGCCCGACGUUGACCAGUUCAACUCGUUUGAGGAUUUUUUUCAAGACUUUUUCGAAAACUUGAAACCAACCACUCAAAACAUAUUCUCUUCUUUGCGGCCAGAGUCACAUUAA